AUGGCCUCUCUCAUUCCCGUCAAGGAGUCCGACAUCUCCAUCGUCUACAACUCCAACACUCGCGAGCUUGUUCUCGCGGCCAAGGGCGAGAUUCCCAAGGUUUUCUUGACCCCUUUCUUCAAGCAGGAGUCCGUCCUCAACACUGGCCUCACCUUCUCCAUCCGAGCCUUUGCUGGUGGGUUCCCCCCCCAGAAGGGCGAGAAGUCUUUCGAAAUCAAGCAUUCGGUGCACAUCAACCUGCCCCUGCCGCACUUCAACAACAAGACCGUCUUGAUCGAGACCGCCAGCGGCAACUUCAGCGUCGAGAUCAAGUACACCGGCUUCGGGCCUGGCCCCGUCGUCCGCGGGGACAACGGCAGCGAGGAAGGUACCACCUACCAAGACGUCUUGCCUCCUAUCAAGCGGUUCCUCCCUGCCGACCAGCCCCUGCGCAUCACUGCGAACAUUCCCAAGGUCGAGGCCCCCAGUCGUGUUAACAUCGAGCCGUCCUACAACCCCGAAUUCCUCGAGUUGAUUCAUUCGACGGUCCAGGAGGGAAGCAUUUCCUGGACUUUUAAGUGGAAGAAACUUCCCACCGAGGAGGGCGCGAACCCCCAGCUGAUCGACGUCACCACUCACCAAUACAACGGCCUCGUCGGUCCUGCUGCCCGCAACUACAUCACCAUUCAGGGCUACGUUGUCCUCUUCGUCGUUUUCGAGAAGAAGUAA